GCUUUCUCCUUCACUCUCCUCUAUGCCUGCUUCUGAGAUUGACGACAUUUUUGCCUCCAAAGGAAAGGCCAAGGCCGUUCCUCUUGCUGGCUCUUCUUCUUCCAAGCCUACUGAUAGCAAGAAGAAAAAGAAAAAGGGAAAAAAGGAGCAGCAAAAGGCUGUCGGCAAGCGAAAACGUGAAGACGAAGAACCUGACGUGGAGAAGGGAGCUCGCACUACAAAGCUCAAGGUGCCGGAAACUGUCAUUGACCCUUCCGCUCAUCUCGCUGUGCCUUCAAAGGGCAAGAGCAAGGGUGAUGCAGCGAGCACCGCUCGUCCGCUCCCGAGCAAAAAACCUCGGCCGGACAAAGAGGACGAGGAACGCUUCAAAGAUUCAAGAGGCAGUGGGCCAAGGCGCACAACCGAGGAAGGUUUUUCUAUCUACAAAGAGGACGAACUCGGUAUCACCGAUCAAGGUGGAGAUACCCCUCUUUGUCCAUUCGAUUGUCAAUGCUGUUUCUAGAUGUCCUUGUAUCAGAUACAAUUCAAUGCAAUAUCCUUUCUAUUCUGUCUUUUUUUCCACGCGUGCUUCGGCUCUAUCGAAGCCUCGUCUACCGCUUUUGCAAUGGUUUUGCGAGGUCAAUGUGUAGCCAACAUCGACUUUCUUCCUUUCAAUCUCGCAGUCGUGCUUGUUUUCUCCAGCUCGCUGAGACUUUCGCCAUUGUGCAUCUCAGGAAGUACAUUACUCGCGCAAAUAUACUUGGUUCAAUUUCCUCG